AUGACGCAAGAUCCAACGAAUUCAAAGGAUAACGCAGUGGAAGAGGUUGUGCCAAUUACUAGCUUUAAAUCGCCUCUAUCUGGGUUUGUGACUAUUGAUGAGAAACAUCCGGACAGAGCUUUAAAGUAUGCUAGGGAUUUAAAGCCAAUUGAUGAUGUUACAGAUGUCGAAUAUUCUAAAUUGAAAAGAAAAAUUGAUUGGAUGAUCAUGCCUUUGAUAUCUCUUAUAUAUGGUGUUCAGUAUAUGGAUAAAAGUACUUGCUCUUUUGCCAGUAUUAUGGGACUCUUAGAAGCUCUAAGUGCGUUGGAAUCUGCCGUGACACCAGGCUUUGUUUUGCUUUCAGCAAAAUGGUAUAAACAAGAGGAAUCCUUUUUGAGGACAACAAUAUAUUAUUCAAAUAAUGGAUUUGGUACUAUAAUAGGGUGUGCCAUUGCCUAUGGUUGCUAUAUUCAUGGUGGAAGUUAUUCAAUGGCCAGUUGGAAGGUUUUAUUUGUGGUCACAGGCUUGUUGACAAUAGUUCUUGGUUUUAUUUUAAUGUUCCACGUUCCUGAUAAUCCUCCUGAUGCAUGGUUCUUAUCUAAACGUGAGAAAACACUUGUUAUGCAAAGAGUAAAAGACAGUAAGCAAGGAUACGGAAGUCCAAAAUGGAAAUGGUAUCAAUUUAAAGAAUCCUUAAUGGAUGCAAGAACAUGGCUUGGCUUCUUUUAUGCUUUCUCCUCGAAUAUUCCAAAUGGUGGACUAGGAUCCUUUAUGUCAAUAUUGCUUUCCGAUUCUUUAGGAUAUGGUUCCAAAAAAAGUUUGCUAAUGAGAAUGCCUGGUGGAGCCGUUGAAACAGUUGGUCUUGUUCUAUUUGCUCUUCUUAUCAGCAAAUGA